AUGACCGCAUCCCAGAAGGAAGUGCUGAGGAGAACUCUGAAUAACCUCCCUGGGGACGAUUUUAAGAGGUUUAGGCACUACCUUUGGGACCAGGGCCGAAUCCCAUGGGCAAAGCUGGAGAAAGCAGACAGAGACGUCACUGUGGACUUGAUGGUGCAAGUGUACACCAUGGGAGCUGGGGACGUCAUGCUGUCCAUCUUGAAGAUGAUUAACAACAACCAGUCGGCCAUGGACUUGGAGAGAGAUCUGGGAAUAUUGGUAGACCAGCAGUACUCCCCAGCUCUGGCCGGAGGGGGUGAAGGGGUCAACGUGAACGCCACUGCUGGAUGUGGAGGGACGGUGAACGCCCCAGCCUUAACGGGCUGCACCAACAAUGGCCGUGUCACAAUCAGCUUAGAAAGAAGGCCCGUGCCACAGGAAGGAAUGGGAAACACACGGACUUGUGAACUCAGGAUUGUGCUGGUGGGGAAGACUGGAUCUGGAAAAAGUGCAACAGGAAACACCAUCCUGGGAAGAGAAGCGUUUGAAAGCAAUGCUCUACCCAAUCACGUGACUGACAUCUGCGAGAAACACUGUGGGGAAGUGGAGGGGAGAAACAUUGCAGUUAUUGACACACCAGGGAUCUGUGACAGGAACAAGACUGAUGACCAAAUGAGGAAACUGAUGGCCCAGUGCAUCAAACUGUCUCUCCCUGGACCCCAUGUGUUCCUGCUGGUGAUCAGACUGGGAGUGAGAUUCACAGAGGAAGAGGAGAAAGCCGUAAAAUGGAUCCAGGACAACUUUGGAGAGGAUGCUUCACAGUACACGAUUAUACUGUUCACUCAUGUUGAUCAGCUGAAAGGUAUAGCUGUGGAGGUCUGCUUAAGUCAUGAGAGUCUACAUAGAAUAUAUAACAGCUGCGGACGAAGGUAUCUGUCAUUCAACAACGAUGACAGGGAAGAUAGAGAGCAGGUCAAACGUCUGUUUGAGAAGAUUGAAAGCAUGUUAAAAAUAAACACAGGAGAGUUUUACACCAAUGACGUGUACAAGGAGACACAGCGAAAAAUCACAGAAGAGGAGGAGAGAAAGAGACAGGAAGAAGACAGGAGGAGACAAGAAGAGGAGAGAAGGAAACUGGAAGAAGAAUCGAGGCAGAGGGAAGAGACACGAAAAGAGGAAGAGAAAAAGAGGUAUGAAGAUGAGAGAAGAAGAGAAGAAGACAGGAGGAGAAAACAGGAGGACAAAAGACAAGAAGAUCCACUGCUUCUCUCCUGCGGUCACAGCUUCUGCCGCUCGUGCCUGGAGGAGAUCUGUAGGGAGCAAGGGGAGAAGGAACCACGGUGCCCCCUCUGCAGACGCCGGAGCGCCAGACAGCCUGCACCCAACAUGGAUCUGAGAAACGCCAGCGAGGCCUUCCGGAAGGAAAGGCAGUCCACUGAUGACAUCACAGGUUAG